UCGGCCUCCGUAGACGCGGAUCUUCAGCACAGAAAGUGAAUACGACACACACAUUAAUCGGAGAAUUGGACGUGAAUCUCCAGCAUUCUGUGAAGUCACAACCCGUGCAGGACUGUAACUGUGAUCGUGUGAAGUCUUUCAGAUAUGUACCGCUUGCGGUUGCUGACGGCUGCCACCAUCGGGAUGGUGCAGUUGUCAAGGCGACAUCACAGCGGUGCCUUCCGCUCCUAUCAGCGGCAUAGACUGAUGCUGGCUGCUCUGGCGGGGGUGACAGGCGUCUCAGCCAGUCUUGGACUAAUGUGGACGAGAGCAUAUGCAGAGGCGGGGUCUUCAGUCAAGCAUGAGGAGCAGUUGCAGGAGGAAGAGUCUCUGGAAGAUUUGGCUACAGAGGAGGCGGAGUCAGAUGGCACAAUCGAGUCAAGUAGUGGGGAGGAGGAGGCAGGGUCAGAGGGGAAGAAGAAGAAACAGAAAAUCGGUUUCCGUGACCGCAAGGUGAUGGAGUACGAGAACAGGAUCAGAGCUUACUCCACCCCAGACAAGAUAUUUCGCUACUUCGCCACUCUGAAGAUCAUCAACGAGCACGGAGAUGCAGAGGUGUACAUGACUCCACAGGACUUUGUGCGCUCCAUCUCGCCCAAUGAGAAACAGCCUGAGAACCUUGGUCUGGACCAGUUUGUCGUGAAACGCUAUGAUGGAAAGAAGAUUGCUCAGGACCGAGAGAAGUUUGCUGACGAGGACAGCAUCUUCUUCACACUGGGAGAAUGUGGACUCAUCUCUUUCUCUGACUACAUCUUCCUUACGACUGUCCUCUCCACUCCUCAGAGGAACUUUGAGAUUGCCUUCAAGAUGUUUGACUUGAAUGGAGAUGGAGAGGUGGACCUUGAGGAGUUUGAGCAAGUUCAGAGCAUCAUUCGCUCUCAGACCAGUAUGGGGAUGAGGCACAGAGAUCGUGCCACCACUGGAAACACCCUGAAAACCGGCUGUAGUUCAGCUCUCACCACCUACUUUUUCGGAGCUGACCUGAAGGGCAAACUCACCAUCGGCAGUUUCCUGGAGUUCCAGAGGAAAUUACAGCAUGAUGUGCUCAAACUCGAGUUUGAGAGGAACGAUCCGGUAGAUGGCAGGAUCACAGAGAAGCAAUUUGGAGGAAUGCUAUUGGCCUAUAGUGGAGUUCAGUCUCGCAAACUCAAGCUGAUGCAGAAGAACCUCAAAAGAAUGUUCAAAGAUGCUCAGGGUAUCACGUUUGAAGAAGUGGAGAACUUCUUCACCUUCCUGAAGAAUGUGAAUGACGUGGACACUGCACUGAGUUUCUAUCACAUGGCGGGCGCCUCUAUAGAUAAAGCAACCAUGAAGCAGGUAGCACGCACAGUUGCCAGGGUGGAGUUGUCAGACCAUGUGUGUGAUGUGGUGUUUGCACUCUUCGACUGCGACGGUAAUGGAGAGCUGAGUAAUAAGGAAUUCAUCGCCAUCAUGAAACAGAGGCUGAUGCGUGGGCUGGAGAAGCCCAAGGACAUGGGUUUCACCCGGCUCGUGCGUGCCAUGUGGAAGUGUGCCCAGGACACCGCAUGGGACUUUGCCAUGCCUAAACAGCAGUAACACUUGGGGAGCCGUCAUCUGAUGGAGUUGAAUUCAUCUUUAAGGAAUUAUCUCGUGAGGCAUAUCUGAUACACGCAUGCUACAAUAACUACUGCUCGUGCAUUCUGUGUCAUAUUAAAGACGCCCACACGCAACUACUCAACAUCAAGACAAAGAAAGCUUGGUUAUCUUGUAUGUAUUUGUCAGUGUUUAAACAUUUUUGCAGUUGCACAAUUCUUCACAUGCUAGAAUUCGACUAGGCAUCAAAAUAGCAAGAGGUUACAGUGACAGAGGAAUACAAUGAACGUCUUUGUCCUGAAGCCAGUGCUAUGAGUUUCCAUCCUUGAGGGUAUUUAAAAUGAAUGUUAGGUUAUUUGUAUGAUUUUUACAAUUGAUUUAAAACACUUGCUUUGACUAUAUAAACAGAAUGCUCCCAUGUGAGAAGCUUACAUUGCACUCCUUUUCUCAAAUGUAUCCAUAUGCCCAAGUUAGAAAUUAAUUAUUUGCAUCCAACUAACAAGCAAUUUCCAUUGUACUAUUGUUCCAUUGAACUGCAUUAAUAUUUUGAAAAUCUCAUUAUUUAAUUACUUUUUCUAAGAAUGAUGGUGAAAGAGCGAUACUAUUAAACGAUUUUUACAUU